AUGAUUAGUCCUAAACUGAUUGAGUUGCAGCAUUUACAAUAUUUGGACCUUUCAUUGAUUUAUUUCAAUGGGAUCCAAAUUCCAGAUUUCAUUGGUUCUCUAACCAAUCUAAGGUACCUCAAUCUCAGUUUCUGUCAUUUCAUUGGUCCAAUUCCAAGUUCGUUUCGAAACCUCAAGCAAUUGCAAAAUCUCGACCUCGCCCAUAAUUGGAGGCUUCAAGCAGAAAAUCUCAAUUGGCUCCCUGCUCUUUCUUCUUUAACGUAUUUGGACCUUGCAUGGAUUGAUUUCAAUGGGAGUCGAAUUCCAGAUUUCAUUGGUUCUCUAACCAAUCUAAGAAACCUCAGUCUCAGUUCCUGUCAUUUCAUUGGUCCAAUUCCAAGUUCGUUUGAAAACCUCACGCAAUUGCAAAAUCUCGACCUCAGCAAUAAUCAGCUUCAACCAGAAAAUCUCAAUUGCCUCCCUGCUCUUUCUUCUUUAACGGAUUUGGACCUAAGCAGAAACUUCAAUGGGAGCCAAAUUCCUGAUUUCAUUGGUUCUCUAACCAAUCUAAGAAACCUCCGUCUCAGUUCCUGUAAUUUCAUUGGUCCAAUUCCAAGUUCGUUUGAAAACCUCACGCAAUUGCAAAAUCUCGACCUCAGCUAUAAUCUGCUUCAACCAGAAAAUCUCAAUUGGCUCCCUGCUCUUUCUUCUUUAACAGAUUUGGACCUAAGCAGAAACUUCAAUGGGAGCCAAAUUCCAGAUUUCAUUGGUUCUCUAACCAAUCUAAGAAACCUCCGUCUCAGUUCCUGUCAUUUCAUUGGUCAAAUUCCAAGUUCGUUUGGAAACCUCACUCAAUUGCAAUAUCUCUACCUCGAAGAUAAUCAGCUUCAACCACAAAAUCUCAAUUGGCUCCCUGCUCAUUCUUCUUUAACGUAUUUGGACCUAAGCAGAAACAAUCUCAGUACUGUUUUCGAUUGGCCAGAAGCAGUACUUAAUAAGCUCCCUAAACUAGUAGAGUUGGUCUUGUGGAACUGCAGUCUUCCUCCUCCUCCCACUCCAAUUCUUUCCACUACUCUUUACAAAACAAAUUCUUCUACAUCUCUUGCGUAUGUUGAUCUCUCUAACAACCAUCUCACUUCGUCAAUAUUUCUUUGGUUGUCCAACUACAGUACAAGCCUUGUUACUCUUGACCUCUCCAACAAUAAUCUAACUGGUUUCAUUCCCGAUUUCAUUGGAAACAUGAGCUCUCUGGCGGAUCUGGAUCUCUCCAACUAUAAUCUAACUGGUUUCAUUCCCGAUUUCAUUGGAAACAUGAGCUCUCUGGCGGAUCUGGAUCUCUCCAACUAUAAUCUAACUGGUUUCAUUCCCGAUUUCAUUGGAAACAUGAGCUCUCUGGCGGAUCUGGAUCUCUCCAACUAUAAUCUAACUGGUUUCAUUCCCGAUUUCAUUGGAAACAUGAGCUCUCUGGCGGAUCUGGAUCUCUCCAACUAUAAUCUAACUGGUUUCAUUCCCGAUUUCAUUGGAAACAUGAGCUCUCUGGCGGAUCUGGAUCUCUCCAACAAUAAUCUAGCUGGUUUCUUUCCCGAUUUCACUAGAAACAUGAGCUCUCUUGAGUAUCUGGGUCUCUCUGAUAACCAGAUUGAAGGAGCGAAUCCAAAUUCGUUUGCAAGGCUGUGUAAUUUGCAAUCAUUGUCGCUUCAAAGAAAUCAUCUGAGUGGACAAUUAUCCAAGUUUGUUCAAUUAUUGCCUAGAUGUGCUCAAAACUCAUUAGGGGAUCUGGACCUCUCUGAGAAUGUUCUUAAGGGGUCAUUAAACAAUCUUACAAGCUUCUCAUCUUUGAAAUUCUUGAUUCUUGGUGCCAAUCAAUUCAGCGGAAAAAUACCUGAAAGUAUUGGGCAAAUGUCGCAACUGGAGUACAUCGAUUUCAGCAUCAAUCAAUUAAGCGGAAAAAUACCUGAAAGUAUUGGGCAAAUGUCGCAACUACGGAACAUCGAUUUCAGCAUGAACUCUUUGGAAGGG